CCCUUGAUGUCACUUCCGCCUCAGGGCAAGAUGGCUGCGCCCGGUCCCUGCCACGCAGACUUCCGCCUGGCGGGGCGAGCAGGUGCCCGUGGUGGCUCGUGUCGGAGGUGAGGUCGUGACACUCUGCGUGGAGUCUAAGCGCAGGUGCGUCAGACGGUCCGGGAAAGAGGGCACUAUGUCGGAAGGAAACGCUGCUGGCGAGCCCAGCAAUCCUGGAGGGCCGCGACCCCUUCUCUCGGGGGGUCGGGGGCUGAUCGGCCGGCGACCCGCACCCCCGCUUACGCCUGGCCGCCUUCCCUCCAUCCGCUCCCGGGACCUCACCCUUGGCGGAGUCAAGAAGAAAACCUUCACCCCCAAUAUCAUCGGUCGGAAGAUCAAAGAAGAGCCAAAGGAAGAAGUAGCCAUGAAGAAGGAAAAGCGUGAACGGGAUAGAGACCGCCAACGGGAGGGUCAUGGACGGGGACGGGGCCGCCCAGAAGUGAUCCAGUCCCAUUCUAUCUUUGAGCAGGGCCCUGCAGAGAUGAUGAAGAAAAAAGGGAACUGGGAUAAGACAGUGGACAUGUCAGACAUGGGCCCUUCCCAUAUCAUCAACAUCAAAAAAGAGAAGAGAGAAACAGACGAAGAGACCAAACAGAUCCUGCGUAUGCUGGAGAAGGAUGAUUUCAUCGAUGACCCAGGGCUAAAGAAUGACAAACGGAACAUGCCAGUGCAGCUGCCCCUGGCUCAUUCAGGGUGGCUUUUCAAGGAGGAGAGUGAAGAGCCAGAUGUUAAGCCUUUUUCAGCUGGCCCCAAGGAAGAAGACAUGGAAGUGGACGUGCCUUCUGUAAAAGUGAAAGAGGAGCCACGGGAUGAGGAAGAGGAUGCCAAGGCGAAGGCCCCUCCCAAAGCAGUCAGGAAGACCCCCGCUCUCCCAAAGGACGUGUCUGUUGCAGAGCUGCUCAGGGAAUUGAGCCUCACCAAGGAUGAAGAGCUGCUGUUCCUUCAGCUGCCUGAUACCCUUCCUGGGCAGCCACCCACCCAGGAUGUCAAGCCUAUCAAGACGGAGGUGCAGGGCGAAGAUGGACAGAUGGUAGUCAUAAAGCAGGAAAAAGACCGGGAAGCCAGGCUGGCAGAGAACACUUGUACCUUGGCUGACCUGACAGAGGGUCAAGUGGGCAAGCUGCUCAUCCGAAAAUCAGGGAAGGUGCAGCUCCUCCUGGGCAAGGUGACUCUGGAUGUGACCAUGGGAACAACCUGCUCUUUCCUGCAGGAACUGGUGUCUGUGGGCCUUGGAGACAGCAGGACAGGGGAGAUGACCGUCCUGGGACAUGUGAAGCACAAACUUGUAUGUUCUCCCGAUUUUGAAUCCCUCUUGGAUCACAAACACCGGUGAAAUGAGCAGAUGGAGGAGGGUGGUGACUGUGCCCACGGCUGCUGCCUGCUCCAGACGUUUUGUUCUCAAAUCCGUGCAGCCCAGAAGGGACCUGUUUAGCCCACCCACUGCAGCCUUUGGCAGCUGUAGUUCCAGUUUCCCCCGCUAGGGCCCGUGCCGCACCCCCCACCCAGCAACUGUGAAGGCACAGUGACCUCUCCACAGCACAAGUAUGGAAGGUACAUCCUCGCUGCUGGGGACUUGACCCUGCUAUUUAUUUUUAUUUAUGUCUUAAUUCCCCACAACUAACUGCAUUCUCCCAAGGUAGGAUGGGCAGGCUUCUUGUUGGGGGAACCAUGGGCUUCAGGGAUGGGAAGGAGAGGGGUCCAGCAGGUAGGAAAGAAUAGGGUAGAGUUUGAGACUUAGGACUCGGUUCCAGCUCACUGGUUUCUGGUUCUGUGUUUUUGAACAAAUCACCUGACCUUUCUGAGCCUCAUAUUCCUCAUCUGACAAACAUGAGGAUCAUACCUACCUCACAGGGUUGGUGUGAGGAUCAAAUGGAAUCUUGUAGUUGAGAACUCCUUGCACAAGACCAGGAAUACAUUAUAUGUAUAUAUAUGUGCUCAAUAAAUACUAGUUUCCAUUUC